AUGGCCGGAAAGGGGAAAGGUAUACGCAUGAGCAGCAGCAGCAGCAGACGUAAGCGGACGUGCGAAGAGCCGAAAACGAAACUCUUGGCGGUCAAAGUGAUAACGAUAAGUUUUAAGGAGAGAAAAUUCUUACACAUAGGAUGCGCGUGGACGGAGACGGGAUAUGCUCCGGCAGCGAUGAUUGUGUGUUCCAACGGAUUUAUGAACUUGAGCUUAAAUCAAAUCGUCGGACUGGUAACGGGUAUUAAUGAUCUCACGCGGUUCGUGGGCAGCAAUCAACGCGCGGCGUUCCACGUACAACCGCCGGACGGUAUUAUCAUUAAAAAAACCAGAUGUUUUUCAAAGUCAUACCUGAUCAUCAACGACGCGCACACCCGCCUUACGCUGACCGAAGAAAAUUUGUUAACGUUGGAGUGGAAUCGCGAAGCAAUCGUACGGGCACUUGAUGAUAACGCGAAAAUAUGUACAGCCCUGACGGAGCAAUACGGCACGAUGAAGAAUGCGAUGACGGUGGAGGUGAUAAAUCGAUACGCAACAAUGUCGGUCGAUGAGGUGUACACCGCAAUGAUGAAUCAUCCUGUACACGGAUUACCACCGCGAGAACCAAGUUAUUACAAAGAAAUCGCGGUCAUAGAAUACAAACGGCUGUGCGACGAAAUAUGGGGAGAAAAUGUUAAUACGAUGAUGAUGAUGCCUAACUCACAAUGGAAUUUAGCAGAGUUACUUGACGGUUACACAGAUAAGAACGACGUGGUGGAGGAGGAGGAGGAGAAGACGAGUACUACACCAGUAACCAAGUCAGACGGUGGGAGCAUUGCUUCACCACCACCACCACCACCACCACCACCGCCGUGCGAUAGUGUGGAUGACAUGACGGUCGAAACCUGA